AUGCUGCAAAACGAAGUGCAAAAUCAUCAAUUGGGGCCAUUGCUUGCCUUAUCAGAUGCCUUAAUAGGUAAGAUUGACCCAGAAGAGAUCAGACACAAGCUUCCUUCUACCUUCCCAAUGGAAAGAUUAGAAGAGUACUGUAAUUUGAUACCCAGUAAAGUCCCUGGAUUCAAGGAAGAAAUCUGCCUGAAGGUCAAUGGCAGUGGAAUUGAUUCCAGCAAAAAGUUUGUGAUGUUGAUGUCGUUGUUAUCAUCAAGACUUGCGGCACCAGUGUUGACUGGAUCCACCACUUUAAUUACCGAGAUGUCCAAUGACCAAAAGGCCCAGCUCUUGAGCAAAUGGAGAGACUCGUCACUUUCGGUGUUAAGAAACUUAUACCGAAGCAUUUAUGCGUUGACGAUUGCCACGUAUCUGACGUUGGGUGGUGAUUUGCAUAAUAUGGCUAUUGGAUACCCAGGAAGGGACCUCCGCGAAGAAUUAUAUGAAGGUCAGCUCCCAAACUCGUACAAGUACGAGAUGAUUGAUCGGGUCAAGUCCGAUGGCACCGAAUUGUACUUGCCCAAUAUCGAUGCGUUGAUCAUUGGAAGUGGUGCCGGUGCUGGAGUAGUGGCCCACACUUUACAGACUGAGGGAUAUAACUGUUUGGUGUUGGAAAAGGCCAAGUACUACGAUUUUUCUGAAUUUGUGUUUGACGAUGCUGAAGGUCUUAAGAAGUUGUAUGAGAACUCGGGGGCUUUUUCCACCAAGACCCAGGAGCUUUUCCUUUUAGCAGGUUCUAGUUUUGGUGGUGGUACCACUGUUAAUUGGUCGGCUUCUCUUAAAACCCCGUUCAAAGUACGUAAAGAGUGGUACGAUGACUUUGGAGUUGAUUUCUUUGCCCAAGAGGAUUAUGACACUUGUAUGGAUUAUGUCUUCAAACAAAUGGGCGUAAGUAACGAAAACCUCAACCACUCUCAUUCAAAUCAGCUUAUCAUGGAUAGUACUGAACGAUUAGGCUAUCAGUCGAGUCUCAUUGGCCAGAAUACAGGCUUACAUAAAAACCAUGACUGUGGUUUCUGCUAUCUUGGAUGCAAAUAUGGGAUCAAGCAAGGCAGUCAGGCUUGUUGGCUCAGAGACGCGGCAGAAAAAGGUUGCAAAUUCUUGGACCAGGUAAGAGUAAUUAAGAUUAUUCAUAAACAUGGAAAAGCCACUGCAGCUCUUUGCCUUGAUAAAACUACUGGUUUCAGGUUCACUAUUAAAGGUCCUAAAAAGUUCAUUGUUAGUGGCGGAACCUUAAAUACACCUCUCGUAUUGAAGGAUUCAGGAUUCAAAAACAAAAAUAUCGGAAGCAAUUUGAAAUUGCAUCCUGUCACUUGUACAAUUGGUUUUCACCCCAAAGAAGUAAACAUGGAAGCUUUUCAUCACCCAAUAAUGACAGCUGUGAGUACAGAAGUGGCUGACUUGGAUGGUAAACACCACGGUCCAAGAAUCGAAUCGGUGUUACAUGCCCCAUUUAUGGAGGCAUCUUUCAUGCCAUGGUAUGACAGUGACCAAUUGAGAACAGAUCUUUUAAAAUAUAACCAAACUUCAGCCAUGUUGGUCAUUACCAGAGAUGUGGGCAGUGGGAAGGUGUACAGUGACCCAAGACAACCAGAAAAGGUCUUGGUUGACUACACUAUGAACAAGUUUGAUGUCAAUGCGUUAUUGGAAGGAUUCUUGGUUGCUGCUGAUAUGUUGUAUAUGGAUGGUGUUAUUGAAAUCAAAAGUAGUCAAUCUUGGACCCCACAGUUCAAAUCGACAAAACCAAAACACGAGAGAAAGAUCACCGAUAAGGAUUAUGUUGAAUGGCGUAAAGCGGUCAAAAAGGUUGGAUUUUCCUCGUUUGGGCCUGCGUAUGGUUCAGCCCACCAGAUGAGUUCUUGUAGAAUGUCUGGUAAAGGACCAAAACAGGGAGCUGUUGAUCAAAAGGGAAGACUUUUCGAGUGUAAAAACAUCAUUGUUGCCGAUGCCAGUGUUUUCCCAACCGCUAGUGGAGCUAAUCCAAUGGUGACCACCAUGUCUAUAGCCAGACAUAUUGCCUUGGAUUUGGUUGCAGACAUGAAGAAUUUGCAGAAACUUUAG